CUAACCGGUCCGUCGAGUUUUAGCCUCUUGCUGUCCCCUUCAAAUCUUCCGUGUCUCCUCCAUCUGCUAGCUGCCUCAGCUCUCAAAAGUCGCACCUAUCCAUCAAUAAACACCGCGCGCGUAGCUAUCCAUCCACAUCGAUCCUUGCGCACCUUGGGUUCAUUCCAUCCAUGGCCGCCGCGAGCUACGACGCCGAUCACGUCCGGCGCCACAGCGGCCUCGGCGUGCACGCCGCGUCGCGGAAGAUCGGCAAGCCGGCGCCGUCGGCACCGUCGACAUCGCAGAAUCGGAAGCCGGUGAUCAUCUACAUGGUGUCCCCGAAGGUGAUCCACGUGGAGGCCCACGAGUUCAUGUCGCUCGUGCAGCGGCUCACCGGCCCCGACGGCGGCGACGAUCAGGCCAGGCUGCAGCAGGCCUCGACGUCGUCGUCUUCCCCGAGGGCGGCGGCGGCCCGCAAGCAGGGCGCGCCGCCGGUGCGCGUGAAGGCGCGGGCCCUGAACCGGCCCGGCCCGGCGGUGUCCGUGUCGGUCACGGCCACGAGGCAGCAGCAGCAGCAGCAGCAGGCCGGGCCUCCGUCGUCGUGGGCCGUGCCGUCGCCGGCGUCGGGGUUCCUGUUCCGCGACCUCAGCCCGCUCCGCGGCGGCGCGCUCAAGGGCGAGGGGGCCUCCUCCCUCGUCUCCCCAUGGCUGCACCACGUCAGCGGCGGCGACCAUUUCCUGAGCCCCGGUGCGCCGGGCCUCGCCUCGCCCUCGGGCUUCCUCGACAUCUUCGGCCCGCUAUCCUCCUCUCAGCACCAAUGAUUCAUCGGAUCCAUGGUCAGGAUUCUGGGAACUCAAGAGUACGUACGUAUGCUUUAGGGUUUUUGCUGCGUGAACUCGCAUCGAUAGCUCUCAGCCUCUCACAUGAUGAUCAAUCAAAAAUAUCCCCUGCGUGGAUCCUGGAUGGUUCGGCAAAGCUGUAAAUAGGCGUAGGUUUUCGAUCACGGUAUUCGGGUAUUGAGUUCAUGUGCUUGAUUUUGAUCUUGUUUUGCAGUUCUUGUUGUACAUUAAUUGUAAUAACUGGUGCACCCUUGACCUUGAGAUAUAUGAAAUUGAUUUAUUUGUUCA